AUGGGUGUCUUGAGCUGCGUGAAGUACCUGAUGUUCAUCUUCAACGUGCUGGUGUUUGCCGGGGGGACGUGCCUGGUGGGCGUCGGGGUCUGGGUGGCCGUGGACCCGGCUGGUUUCCAGGACAUCGUGGCCGCCAAGCCUGUGCUGAGCGCGGGCGCCUACCUGCUGCUGGCCGUGGGCAUCGCCCUCUCGCUGCUGGGCUUCCUGGGGUGCUGCGGGGCCCUGCGCCGGAGCCGGCUCCUGCUGCUGGUGUUCUUCGUCCUCGUCAGCCUCGUCUUUGUCACACAGCUGGUCGGGGCUGUGCUCUUCCUGGUGCACUGGAAACAGAUCCGGCCAGAGCUCUUCCUGUCUGAGCUGCAGAGGAACUACCGCGGGGAUGAGGACGCCGAGGUCUUCUCUGUGGCCUGGAACACCCUCAUGGUCAUGUUCUCCUGUUGUGGCGUUUUAGGGCCUGAAGACUUUGGGAAUGGCUCCCGGUUCCAGGAGCUGCAUCCGGGGACGCCCUGGCCGCAGGCGUGCUGUGCCCGGGACGGGCUCCUGCAGGCAGGCGAGCUGCUGGGCUGGGAGCAGUGCCGGGAGAGGAGCCCUGGCUACAUCCACGAGCAGGGCUGCUUCCCCACCUUCGGCAGGACCUUGCAGAAUUACAUCUCCGUCCCCGGGACGUGCAGCUUGGCCGUGCUGGGCAUCGAGAUCUUUGCCAUGUUCUUUGCCUUUUGCCUUUACUACAACUUCGACUGA